UUUUACUGCAGUUGCGUUGUUUUUUCGUUUCUCUGUCCACCAUCUUCACUUGCCUUAUAUCGGCGCUCAACUCGCUGUCUUAUUUCAACUUUCAAUUAUUCCCAUAAGGCUGAUGACCUUUGGCCAACAACCUGUUUCCCCAGGCAUGUCUUCACAGUAUCUUCUCUCCAAAAGAGCACGCGUCUACACCCCUGAAGCCGAAGAUGGAGAUAUCGAACAAGGUCUGACAGAGGGGGAGAAUGGGGAUAAUGAUCUAACAGAUACGUUUGCCUAUUUUUCAUUCGUGCUGGUUGAUUGUCAACUCGCUUUCUUUUGUUUAGAUUCUACGAAUCUUGCUAUCAUAUCAAAUACGCCAUCGCGCAGAAUCUUCGCCACCUCGAUGACUAUUCUCGCACUUAUCUGGUCAAUUAUCCGCUGGAAACACAUCUACGGCGAUCAUGCAAGGUUUGUUAUAGAAAACUAUGCAGAACCGCAAGAAUGGUCCUUGCCAUACUUUAAGUGGAUUAGGAUUUGCUGGAGCAGGAGAACCGAUAUGCGGCUGCGUGGAGCAAUGAGAUACCUGGGUAUUGGAUGUAAUGGUGUAAUUCGAUUGGUGGCAAUGGCGUGGUUUUUUGUACUCUAGAUUUGGAGCAUUGAAAUAAACGCCUGAAAAUGGAUAGAAAGGCAGAUCACUGGAAGUAUCCUCGAAGUCGGAUAAGUUACUUGUAUGAACCGU